AUGCCUAAAGUCAAGUCACUGCCGGCCAAGGCUCUGAACCAAGAGGUCCGCGCCGAAUACAACAUUGUGGAGCAACCAAUUGGAACACGACGGCCGCUCCGUGUAGUAUGCAUGGGUGCAGGCUACAGUGGCCUGAUGAUGGCAAUCAUGUUCAACGAGAAGAUGAUGGGCGCCAAUGCCACCCUCCAGAUCUACGAGAAGAACACAGACAUUGGUGGAACGUGGCUAGAGAACCGAUAUCCCGGGUGCCGCUGCGACAUUCCCGCACAUAACUACAGCUACAGCUUUGAGCCCAAGCCUGAUUGGCCUGGCUAUUAUGCCACAUCGGAGCAGAUCUUUGGCUACAUGAAGGACGUCGAAAAGAAAUACAAAUGCGCCAAGUACAUCAAAUGCAACCACAGGAUCAACUCCGCCAUCUGGAACGAAAGAAAGUCAAAGUGGGAGUUCAAGGUUCAGAACAGCGAUGGCGUGGAGAUCUCUGACGAGGCAGACGUGUUCAUCAAUGCUGGUGGUGUUCUGAACAACUGGAAAUGGCCCAACAUCAACGGUCUCGACACGUUCAAGGGGAAGCUAUGCCACUCGGCCAAGUGGGAUGACUCCUACGACUUCACCGACAAACGUGUGGCCGUCAUCGGCAUCGGCUCAUCUGGUAUCCAGAUUGUUCCUCAGUUGUCAAAAGUCUGUGCAAGCAUGGAUGUUCAUGUCCGCACACAAACCUGGAUCAGCCCGGCUCCUGGAAUCAACGAGCCCACAGCGAACGACCCGGAGAUGGACGAGGACUACAAUUUUUCAGAAAAGGCGCUUGCCGAGUUCAGCGAUCCGAGGGUGCUCCGCGACUACCGCGCGGCCAUCAUGGAUCGACGCAUAGAGAACUUCCAUCGCGCAAUUGCAGACUCUGAGGUCCAGACAAAGGCUGUGCAGAUGUUCAAAACUUCCAUGUCUGAUCGUCUAGGCAAGACUGCCAAGGGCCGCAAGGCUCUAGACCUCCUGCUACCGAGCUUCCCGGUUGGCUGCCGACGUCAGACACCUGGCCCUGGGUUCCUCGAGGCUCUCGUGCAAGACAACAUCGAGACAGAGUGGGACAACAUCGACACAAUCACCCCGACGGGCAUGAGGUUCAAGGAUGGCCGCGUUGCCGAGUACGACGUGAUUGUCUGCGCCACGGGCUUUGAUACGUCCUUCAAGCCAUCAUUUCCCAUCAUCGGUAGGAAUGGCAUCAGCCUGGCGCAGAAGUGGACAGAAGAUCUGCCCAAGGCAUACUUUGGCAUCUGCGUGCCCGACAUGCCCAACUAUUUCUCCUUCAUUGGCCCGAACUCCCCCAUAUCCAACGGCUCUCUUGUGCUUGGCGUUCAGAUCACGGCCAUGUACGUGCACAAGUUCCUCGACAAGCUCCAGACCGAAGGGUACAGCUCCGUCGAGGUCCGCACAGAUGCCAACGAGGAUUACAACGAGCACCUCCAGCGGUAUCUUGAGCGCACUGUCUGGACGCGCGGCUGCCGUAGCUGGUACAAGCGGGGAACAGUCGACGGGCCUGUCGUUGCGAUCUACGGUGGCACUAGCUUCCACUUUAUGGAGGCCAUAAAGAACCCGCGCUGGGAAGACUUUGACAUGCGCCGCACGCCUGAGCACCAGGGUAAUCGAUUUGCGUAUUUGGGCAACGGCUUCACGCUGCGUGAGACCAGAAAGGAGUCGGUCGGGGCGACUCAGACGCUGGACUUCGAAGAGUACUGGAACCUGUUCAACCUUCCUGACAUUCACGGUUGA